AUGCCGAUCCGUCCCUUUGAUGAAUGGGCUGUGUCCCGCGCACAGUCCCUCCCCCUCUCAGCUUUAAAGGGUGCCGUUGUCGGUAUCGAUGCGUCGCACUACAUUAAUCAACACCUUAUCAACCAGUCCACCCGCGAAGCCCUCCUGGGCGCACUCGGUGGCUUCCCUUUCGCCCUGAGAACCAACAUCGAGAAGGAGCUACAGACUUUCAAGAACCUCGGUGUCGCCAGCAUCUUUGUGUUCAAUGGCCUUGAUUUUGGCAAGAAGGAACAGCGCCCCCAGCCCACAUCGUCGCGGUCUUUCGACCAAGCCUGGGAUUUGUAUGACCAACAGCAAGCCGACCAGGUUGUCGACGCCUUCAGCAGUGCUGGUAUGAUAUCUUAUUAUUCGUUCCUUUUUUCCAUCGGCAGCCCCGCGUUCUCCCCCAUCCACUGGACCCGACGAAGCAUUUCAACAGCUGCUGACCCAAAGCAACGCUCAGGAACCCCGCCCCCGGAGACUCUCUUCAAGUUCCUGCAACGGAUCUUGACCCAAAAUGGUGUCGAAUUCAUGGUCGCGCCUUACAGCGCCGCGGCUCAGCUAUCCUACCUUGCUCGCGGUCCCAACCCUGUUGUCGAUGCUGUGUACGCCCCAUCUGAAGCUUUUUUGUUUGACCUUGACAAGCUGGUCACUCGCAUUGAUACCGACCCCGCGCAAUUCUUCUGGAUCACGAAACAAACCUGCCAAGAAGAGCUGGGUCGACUCACAAAUGAACAGUUCCUAGAUUUUUGCCUACUACUGGGAUCUCCCUUCCUGCGUCAUUUCCCACUUUUCGAAAACCCCGCCUUCCCCGGCAAGAGCCCCAGCGUUCGCGAUGCUUUGCCAAUGUUCAACCAAGCUGGCCGAAGUGCCUUGGCACUGUGCGCCCAGUUUGACGAUGAUCGACGCAUCCAGGAAAUCCAGUAUGGAGAUCGCUACAAGCGUGCAUACAUGAUUGUGAAGCACCAUGUGUACAUGGACGUAGAUGGCCGAGUCGGGCCCAUGGACCCUGAGAAUAUUUCCUCCGAUAUGCACGAACUCAUCGGACAGCGACUUCCUGAAGAGCUGUAUUUCUACCUAUCCAAAGGUAUCAUUAGCGCCGAUGUACCAAACUUCCUCACAUCUGGCGAGGUGCGCGCCUCGCUACCAUUAGGCACUGAAGAUACCGAGAUCUUCCGCUCGCUCGUGGGUGAUACUCUGACUCCCAUCCGGACUCAGUAUAUCUGUCUGCUAGCAAACUCGCUUCACCGGUUUUACCAGACUAAAGUGAUUACGAUUCAUCCGUGGUUUGAUGAUAACUCUGAUCGAAAGAUUAACCUCAAGGGCAUUCCCUCGGUCAAGGAUACCAUCCAGUCUUGGAAGAUUCUGGGCCAGACAGCUCCUGACAGUGUCAAGAAGCUCCAGGCUCCCCGUGGAUCUUUCAAGUUUGCUGUCCAAAGCUUGAAGCAAUCCGACUUUGUGUCCAAGUCUUUUGCUACUAAGGAGUCACUGAGCCUUUCCUCCCAGGAGGACAUCCUAUCUAAUGUAAUGUGGCGUUUCUUGCAGCUACGCGGAUAUGUUGAUGACAAACACAACCUUACUACGUGGGGUAAGAGUCUAGAGCAGUCAUUGUCAGCUGUGGAUCCUGCAGACAACCUCGAGGAGGCUAUUUUCAUUGCUUUCGAGAUGCUCCGUCUGGACCUUCUCAACACUAAGCCUUGGUUCUCAGGAGUAUCUGGCGGUCCCAUGCGGGGAUCAGAAGAGGACAAGACUUUCAACAUGCUCGUUUCCCGUGUUGCAUGUGUCGGAAAAUUGCAACACAAGAGCAUUGGAUACUCUGGCCCUCUAAGCCGUCAACUUCUUUGCUACCGCUCCUUGAUCUCCGAGGUGCGCUCUGCGCUCAGGAACCUGGUCGAGGUCGUAUUGACUGGCAUGCUCCUCGGCGGUGAUGCUAACCGGGAUCGUAACGACUGGACUGAGAUGGCUAUCAAGCUUCCCUUCAUUGAUGAUAACGACUGUGGACUUGGAAUUGCGGUCCGGACUUACCUGGACGAUCUUCCUUUGCAAGCAAACCCAACCUCGCCUGAGGCCCGUGCCGAUGUGAAGGCAAAGGGCAAAGAAUGGUUCCAGCACAGCGAGAGUUUCACUGGAAACUUGAAUCUGGCUUUCAAGCUAUGGGAUGCAGUCUACAAGGGAGCACACAAUGCCGGCAAGGAUUUCGCGGACGUGAAGUUCUGGGAUGACGCGAACCAGUGGCUCUCAGAGAGACGAUGA